CAGGUGAAAGGCAGGUGUACAGAAAUAGGCCAGUACAAGGUCUGUUUUUACAGCAGAAUAAUUCAAAGGAGAACUACAGUACUUCCUCUUCUCAGCUAUACUUCUAUGACAUGUUGCACAGUAUAAAACCUCCAGUAACACUGCCUCUCCUACAGUAACCACCCUUGCGAUGCAUUAUCUGCUCACAGCAACUAAGGCAUGAUUAAACUUCCUCACAGUUAGGCACUACAGUUAAGAUCAGGGAAACGUGGUCUCAGUUAAAAUGUUCAAAAUUGAACCAUGACGUGAUGCAUGAAACACAAUGUGUUCACUUAACCAACAUUUAAAACCAAGCUCUUUCCAUAACCUUUUCUUAAGUGCUUGAUAUUGUUAAUGGUGGAGCUUGCAUGUACAGAGAGCUUGGUGGUUAUGCCACAGCCCUAUAAUUACAUCAGCGAAAGAAGAAAGAAUAAAGUUUUGUGCAUUCAUAAGCACCACUUGAAAAUGCCCACUAACACGGUAUGGCUGUUCUGCUCAGAAAAAUAUCACUAAUUGCACCUUCUAUUAAAAGAUACUGUAGGUGAAUUUAAGGUACACCCACAUUCCAUUGUGCAGCGACUUCACGGAAUAGCAAGCCAAACAGCCCAAACAGGUUUAGUGUGUUGUGACUGCUGGUCACAAAUGUUGGGGAAUGGGAAACACAUUUCAUUGCGUAAAGUACCAUUUAUCCAGGCCAAUUGUGAAGCAUCACCUGCAAAAAUGCCAGAAGAGGUAACUGUAAUUUGUCAUCUCAGUGUAAAAAGGGAAGAAGGAAGUCAGCUCCUUAACAAUGUCAGUAAAUUCUAGUUAGUAUUUGCGCCUACACCUGUGUUUGAGAACUGUGGUAUAAAGGAAUGAGGAAGCUGAGCAGUUAAAAAAAAAGGGAACAUACAGUUUUACACAGUCAAACAGGUACAGAGUCACGCACAGUCGUCCUCAGGAUCUUAAAGCAUCACCUGCUGGGAGACGAGUUCUCUUGAGUUUUCUUAAUGAUUUGCUUUGCGAGCGCACUACAUCUGGAGUGCCACGUUAACCGCCUGUGGGUCAUACUGCAGAAAUAGAUAAAUAACCAAGUUCAGGUUUUGCUCUCCCGAAGUAUCGAUGGAUCCAGCAUUGCUCCUGAAUCAACCUGCCGCUCCACAGUGUCUGUCUGGGAUGCUGGCUCACAGCUGCGAUGAGGACAACGUGAAGUUUAUCUGUGAGUUUAAGCCUUGGCCUGGUCCUCCGCAGGCGUCUGGUGAUGAGGAUUACAAUGUCCAUAUGGACUGUGAGCCAGUGUCAGUCAUCCUCCCUGCACAGUGCAGCGUCUACCAGCUGCGGAUACGCAUCUGCAUGCAGGCCCAGGAACAAAACUGCCAUCCAGACCCGCUAGCAAUACUGGAUCCGGAGAAAUACACUCUGCUAUAUGCCAGGGGGGAAGAAUGGCAUGAGGCCUACGAUGACUGUCAGGUCAUCAGGACGUUAGACAUUCCAUGGUCAGGUGACGACACAGGGCAUCCAUUGGCACGUAUAGUGGCAAAACCACUGGUGGCGGUUGAUUCAGAGGAGAAGAAGAAACAGCAGCAGUGUCUGGCUUAUCUGAUUGGACAUGACCUGGAGAAAGAAGCGUCAGACAGACUCGGUGAGCUCACAUUCACCCGCAGAAAACUGGCGUCUCCGAGAAGACAAGAGCUAAGGAAACGGGAUGACCUGUUGUAUGCCACGGAGCCUUGGAUAACAUGUGCCCCUAUUCCAAACGACCUACAGGACCAGCUAAACAGAAAGCUCCCCGUCACCCUCCACUACAUGAGCAAGAUCAGCUUCAGCAUACAUGUUGGAUUCAGUACAAGGCCGGCUGUGCUUCUUCAGGUUUUCAGAAGGGUGAUGGCAGACCAGGGGCUUGAGUAUGACACUUCUGAUGAUGUGGUUUUGAAAGUCUGCGGGAGGGAGGAGUUUUUGUCUGGAGACUACCCCCUCAGUGAUUUCCUUUGGGUUCGACAGUUCCUGAAAACCAAUCAAGACCUCCACCUUUCUGUCGUCCCCGUGUCACUGCUUGCCAAUGAGACUGUCAAGUUUGAGGACUGGCCGCUUGUUGAUGCCUCCAGUGGCCAGGUCACCUGCCACGAAGAUCUCUGCCUUGAAGGGAAGGACUUGAACGAUAUCUUCAUGAUAUCCUUGUGGGACUGCAACAGAAGACUCAGAGUCAAAUUACUUGGCUUUGACAUCCCAAAACUUCCAAACAAAUGCCCUGAGUCUGUCUACGUAAAAGCCUCUAUACUCUAUGGUAACAAGGUGCUGUCUUCAGUGUCCUCCCUUCCCAAGGCUUUUGCAGAUGAGGUCCUAUGGAAUGAGUGGCUGGACUUCGAAGUUCUCCUCAGGGAUCUGCCUCGUGGAGCAAAGCUAGGUUUCACAAUCAAUGCAUGCGGUGGUGACAUCUCCCCAAUCACCAAAGACCAAAAGUCGCCAUCGUCUGCAGCCAAUAAAGACCCGCAGAAAGGGAAGGGGAGGGUGCUCUACUUUGUCAAUCUUCUCCUCAUCGAUCACAGGUCCAUCCUCAGCCAGGGCCCCUACACCCUACACAUGUGGUCCUACCCUGACUCGGACGAAGAGGCCAUCACCUACCAGGCAGACAAGCUGUCCUCUGCUACCAACCCAGACAUAGCUGACUCCAUGGCGAUCAGCUUCCUUCUGGACCGCUACAGCUUCCCUGUGGUUCUCCCAAAUAGCUGUAGCCCCUCUGAAUGCUCAGACAGUCUCACCUCCAGCCCCAACCUGACCAAAUCUAGUGCACUCUCCUCCUCAUCCUCCUCACCUCCUUCCACCUCACCCAGCACAGAUUCUUUGUCUCUGAGUGUGAAACCUGUCCAUGGUCCGUCGACUGACAAUGUAGUUCUCAGAUCCCCAUCGCCGAACAUCAGCACCAGGGGGCCUUGCCUGAAAAGGUUCCGGGAAGAGAGCGUCCGCUACGCCUCAAAUCUGCCCCAUUACCUGCGCAAUAUUGAUUGGAUGAACCGCAGAGUGGUUGAGGAUGUCCACUGGCUGCUGGGAAACUGGGAUCCUGGGGAACUGGAUAUAACAGUGGCCCUGGAGCUGUUAAGCAUGGAUUUUGCUGAUGUGACGGUCAGGAGACUAGCAGUUCAGAGGCUGGAGGGUCUGAGUAAUGAUGAUGUAUUGAAGUAUCUGCUGCAGCUGGUGCAGACCCUCAAAGUGGAACCUUACCACGACAGUUUUCUUGCUCGGUACCUGAUCCAAAGAGCUCUGCGGAGCAAGAGAAUUGGCCACUUCUUCUUCUGGUAUGUCCGCAGUGAGGUGGCAGGGUGUCCGUACUUCCGCCAGCGCAUGGCUGUCAUUCUUGAAGCCUACCUGCUGGGCUGUGGUCAGGCCAUGCUCGACAGCUUCACCUGGCAGGUCCAGGCUGUGGAGGCCCUGCAGGAGGUUGCUAUAAUGAUUAAAAACCUCUACCGUGAAAACCUUUCUCCUACAGUUCCCCUUAAGCUUCAGGAGCUUCUCAUGAACUGCAAUCUACCAAAUGAAUUCCUGCUGCCCUUUGACCCCCGCAUCAAAGCUGGAAGGAUCCUGCUCGACAAAUGCAAGGUGAUGGCCUCUAAGAAGAAGCCACUGUGGCUGGAGUUCUCGCCCAUGCCGUCGCCCACUUCUGCUACACCUGUUGGGAUAAUCUUCAAACAGGGGGACGACCUCAGACAGGACAUGCUGGUCAUUCAGACUCUGGUGGUGAUGGACUCUAUCUGGCAGGAGAAAUCUCUGGACCUUAACCUCGUUCCAUAUGGCUGCAUCUCCACAGGACAGAACAUAGGUAUGAUUGAGAUUGUGAGGAAUGCAGCAACCAUCGCUGCAGUCCAGGGCAGCCAUUAUGGAACCACUGGGGCCUUCAGAAACGAUGCUCUGUUUGAGUGGCUCAAGUCCAAAUGUCCACUGCAGGAGAUUCACUACAAGACUGUGGAGACAUUUGUGAAGUCCUGUGCUGGUUACUGUGUGGCCACCUAUGUGCUGGGUAUAGGAGAUCGACACAAUGACAACAUCAUGAUCACAGACCAAGGGAACCUGUUUCACAUUGACUUUGGUCACAUCCUGGGCAACAGGAAGCACUUCCUGGGCGUGAGCAGGGAGCGUGUACCGUUCGUCCUCACGCCUGACUUCCUGUAUGUCAUGGGCAGGGUCAAAGGGCGCAACAGCCUCUACUUUCAGAGGUUCAGGGACACGUGCACCCAAGCAUACCUCUCCCUGCGCUCGCACUCUCGUCUGCUGGUCACUCUUUUCUCCAUCAUGCUGCUCACGGGCAUCCCAGAGCUGAGUGCUGCAGAGGACAUGCGCUACCUGCGGGAGGCGCUGCAGGAGGAACAGGGCGAAGCAGAGGCCAAGGAGCAUUUCCUCCAGCAGAUCUCUGAGUGUGAAAACCUGGGCUGGACCGUGCAGGCCAACUUUUGGAUCCACAUGAUGGCAAACAACAAGUAGACUGUUAAUGAUUAGGGAGGUGUGGAAAUGUUCACAUAUGUCUAACACUGAUUGUUUGUUUUCAUUGUUUAGUCUUAUUUUUGUGCAUUACUAUAUUCAUGUGUUCAUAUAUAUAAAUAUCGUAUAUAUAUAUAUAACACUCCACUCAGAUGCAACUCCUGCACCAUCUCUAUCAACAGUGGUGUAAGCAGUAGUAGACUGCUUGUUUGACUUAACAGCACUCAUCCACCCACAGUCAGCUGAAUGUGGGAGGUGUCCUUUUCAUAUUAAUGUUGCAGUUUCUUGUCAUAUAAACAAUAAACUAAUUUGAGAUGAGUUGUUCCCAGCUGGGAAGUGAAGAAAAUCAGGUGGAUGCAGCUGGCGGAUGUGACAAAAAGUGGCAGUGAAUCAGACAGUUUUCAGCGGCCUGUUCAGUCUAUUCACAAAAUCACUUCGAUCAGAUCGCAAAAUAAAAUGGUAUUUUGUAGUCUAGUUUGUCGAACUUUGUCUCAGUCGCCAUCAACUGUUGUUUAAAUUAUGGAUCAUAGUUUAGUAAAAUGCUUUAUAUUGUGGUAACCUUCAUGCUAAUAAUUUACAUAGAAAUGUCCUGUGAAAUCCCUGUCCACCUCAAAUUCAUUCACACCCUGAAACAAACAAAAAAACAAGACAAAAACAUCCAGAGUGAAAAUAUUCUCAUGCUUACAUACAUGGGUUCAGUAUUCAGUUCACAGUCCAAAGUACUGACAGUCUUCAAGUCACAAGUUUCUUUCAUUGACAUAAUUCAACAAUCAUUAAUUGCUGUAAAAAAAAAAAAAAGUUUCUGUCACUUAACAAUAAUUGAAUAGUGGUAUGGAUCUAUAUUGUGGGUAAUGUAGGUGUCAGGCUCUGACAAGGAAGAAAACUGCAUGGAAUAAAGAGGGAGUGGGAGUCAUGGGAGUGCAAUGCUGAACCGGUGAAGUGCUCUUUUAAGGGCAGAAACACAGCAAGCCUGGCAGAGCUGCUGGCUCUCACUCAUUUCUUAGCAAAGCAGAAAAUCCCUUGUGAGGAGCACAAUAGGCAGAAAGAGCGCAGGGUGGCAUUCAAUGAAUGAGCGGACCUCAUGUGGAUUUUAGGUGUUUGACUGGAAAGAGUUGUUCAGGUGAGCUUCAUGGGCAUGAAUGUGAAUAAAUUUUAGUUAAUUGA